AUACAGUUGGCGGCCAUCCAUUCCGUUGGGUUCCGCUCCUCCUCCCUCCCUCGCUUUCUUCCUUCUUGGCUUCGCCUCCUGUCCUACUCCUGACUCCUCACCUCACCUGCAGCUGCAGCGAGACCACCAAGAGCAGAGGAGCUGACCAAUCAAGAAAAGAUGGGUACCACGUACAAGUGCUGCCUCGUCUUCAAGCGCCGCUUCCACACCCGGGAUGCCCCGCCGCCCGACGACGUCCGCGCCCUCUUCACCCUCCACUCCGGCGGUGGGCCCCAAAUGGGCGCCGACGGCCUGCGCCGCUACCUCGACGCCACCGGACACGACCAAGGCCUGGACGACGCCGAGGUCGACCGCCUGCUCUACCAGAUCCGCCUCCUGCAGGGCCGCGCCCGCGUCCCGCGUCUGGCGCGCUCGCUGCUGGCCCUCGACGACUUCCACCGCUUCCUCUUCUCCCACGACCUCAACCCACCCAUCGGCCACCCGCAGGUCCACCACGACAUGACCCAACCGCUCUCCCACUACUUCAUCUACACCGGACACAACUCCUACCUCACCGGAAACCAGCUCAGCAGCGACUGCAGCGACGUCCCCAUCAUCAAGGCGCUACAGAGGGGGGUCAGGGUCAUCGAGCUCGACAUGUGGCCCAAUUCAACAAAGGAUGACAUCAACAUCCUACACGGCAGGACACUGACCACCCCGGUUUCGCUGAUCAAAUGCUUGAGGUCCAUCAAAGAAUACGCCUUUGUUGCAUCUCCCUAUCCUGUCAUCAUCACGCUCGAAGACCACCUUCCAUCUGACCUCCAAGAAAAAGUUGCCAAGAUGGUUCUUGAAGUAUUUGGCAACAUACUUUACUACCCUGCUACCGAUCAUCUCAAAGAACUCCCUUCACCUGAAGAGCUCAAGGGCCAUGUACUCCUCUCAACAAAGCCCCCCAAGGAGUACCUUGAAUCCAAGGAUGGUGCCACCAUGAAAGAGGGUGAUGCUGAGCUUCAACUUGGCAAAGGAGCUGGCGAUGAUACGGCAUGGGGAAAAGAAGUACCAGAUUUUCAGACUGAAAUUCAGUCUGCUAAAAAGCAGCAUGACGACGACGUCUCAGAACACCAAAGAGACGAAGACGACAACGACGAUGAGGAAGAACAGAAAAUGCAGCCACAUAUAGCUCCACAGUAUAAACACCUUAUUACUAUUAGAGCAGGGAAGCCAAAAGGUUCUCUAUCUGAUGCCUUGAAGAGUGAUCCGGAUAAAGUUAGGCGCCUCAGUUUGAGCGAGCAACAACUUGCAAAAGCGGCAGAGGAUCAUGGCACCGAAAUUGUGAGGUUCACACAGAGGAACAUACUGAGGAUAUACCCAAAGGGCACUCGUGUUACUUCAUCCAACUACAACCCAUUUCUUGGCUGGGUGCAUGGUGCUCAAAUGGUGGCCUUCAAUAUGCAGGGAUACGGAAGAGCCCUUUGGCUAAUGCAUGGAUUUUAUAAGGCCAAUGGUGGAUGCGGUUAUGUGAAGAAACCAGAUUUCUUAAUGCAAACAGAACCGGAAGUUUUCGAUCCGAGAAAACCCCAACCUGAGAGGAAAACCUUGAAGGUCAAAGUAUACAUGGGCGAUGGUUGGCGGGUGGACUUUAAGCAGACACACUUUGACAAGUAUUCUCCUCCAGAUUUCUAUGUACGGGUUGGGAUAGCCGGAGUUCCAGCAGACUCUGUGAUGAAGAAGACCAAGGCCAUAGAGGAUAACUGGGUUCCGGUGUGGGAGGAGGAGUUCACGUUCACUCUGACUGUGCCCGAGAUCGCUUUGCUCCGAGUGGAGGUGCACGAGUACGACAUGUCCGAGAAGGACGAUUUCGGCGGGCAGACCGUCCUGCCGGUUGCGGAGCUGCGGCCCGGAAUCCGGGCGGUGGCGCUCUUCGACCACAGAGGGAACAGGUACAACAACGUGAAGCUUCUCAUGCGCUUCGAGUUUGUUUGAGACGACGGUGCUCCGUGUCCAUGUUUUCUGUUCGAGUGUGAUGACGAUGGUUUCGGGUCGCGAUGCUUCUUUCUUGUGUGAAUAUGUUGUGUUUCUUUCAUGCAUGCUUGAUGUAACAGUUGAUCAACAAUUAGUUUUGUUAUUAUGAUCGAAUAACACUUGGUGUAAAUAGAGUGAAUAAAGAAAACCUUGGAAGA